UGCUUGCCUUCUCUUUCGGCUGCCUGUUGGCACGGCGUACGUAGUACGGCGGUGCAACCCAGAUACGCUUUCUCCGAUUUAAAAUUUUUUGCAAUGAAUUCCGGAUGGAAGGAUGACACGAGGCUUUGGCCGAAGCUUCAACGGUCAGAAUGCUGCUGGUAAUCCUUGUAAGCAGCCUCGUGCUGCUCAGCUGCACGCAAGCUGAAACCUUCCACAAGCUCUCCACAGCCAGGGGAUUCGGCAAAAGGGCCUCUCUGGACCUCCCCGUAAAUCGAGGUUACAUGGCCACAGCUAGGGACUUGGGAAGGCGAGAACUACCCGACAUGUUCUUUUGGGACGACGACGCCAACGAGUUAAGGGAGAAGCGGGGCAUACGACGCCUGAGCCUCUCAACUGCCAGGGGAUUCGGCAAACGCUCUUUCUUCUAUCCACGAGGAACGCCUAAUGAGUGGCUAGAUGAAGCCGACAGCAGAGAUGACGCGUUCCUGGAGACGCAAUAAAUAUCGAGUGGAACUACGGGUCUCCUCUGCAUAGGUUUCGAAAGCAUUAAACGAUUCCAACUUGUAAUCACUCGUCAUUACAGGCUGAAAAUUACACAAUAAAAAUGGAUUGAUCGUUGUCGCGCGACUUGGUCGCGAUCCCAUUGCUAUAAAGGUGAUGAUAUGUACUAAAAAACUAUGAAAUAUGCAAAAAAAUGGAAAGCAUGCAAUAAAAUAUCGCUGUGCAGAGUGUUA